CUAAAAACCAGAUAUUAAAAGAUAUGACUUGUUUGGGUGCUCAAAUGAGAUCAGAACCUUGGACUGUUAAUGCAAUUGGGAGAAUAGCAGUUAUGAUGCCACAUGUAAUUACGGAAAGGGAGGUAUCAUUUGUGAAAGAUGAAUGGAAAUUAUACCAAGCAGCUAAUAUAUCAAAAGACUGGUAUAUAGAUUCUGAUACAAAAAAACUAAAAAGAGUAGACCAUUAUUGGGCUAAAGUUUUUGAAAGUAACAAUGAAUAUGGAAAAACAAAGUAUGGGCAUCUCAGUAAAGUUGUUAAGAGCUGUUUAACAAUUCAGAAUGGAAAUGCCAGUGCUGAGCGAAGUUUAUCUGAUAACAAAAAUACAUUGACUCCUGGGAGAGUAAAUCUAAAUGAUGAAACAUUAAUGGCUUUGAGAAUAUCAAAAUAAUAUGCAAGAAGUUGC